ACAGACGGCGGCUGUCGUAAAAAGGCUGCUGUAGAAAACGAGUGGCGAGAUAACCUAUUGUGGUUAGAAGAGCGGAGUAGUGAGCCGAGCCGCUAUUCGGGCAAGAGGAGCGGAGAACAACCACCUUUCUCGUCCCUUUAAAGACACUCAUGCUAUGCGGACACAUAUGGACGUCCUCGCGCCACGCCAGUCCUCGGCUCUUUUGUGAGGAGAACGCGGGAGGAGCUGGUAUACGAAGAGUUAAGAUUCGACAUCCUAACUGUUUAUCUGAGAGGCUAGCAGGCUAGCUGGGUACAUGCACGGGGGUGGGGGGAGCCGCAACGGGGAACGGAGCUCGCGUGUUCGGAUCGAUGGGAACCGAACGCAGUAGAAAUUGCCUUUUGUUGCCUUGAAGUGGUCCGAAUCACCCCACGCCUCAACUUUGAAGAAUUGACCGACUGAAAGUCGAGCGUCCGCUGUUACUCUUUUCCCCCCUCUCCACUCAUCCAGGAAAGAAGUUAAUGUCACGCAACGCAGGCUUGCUGACUGAAGGUAGCCCAUAAACGGGAAUCCCGGUUGAACAUGACUCAUCAGCCACAGCCAGGGACUCGCAACCUCGCCCCAGCUUGCGGCUCGAGAUGCCAACCCGAUGCGCCCUGACGGAGAGGUUUUAAAAUCAACUCGCUGACACCCGUGUGGAUACUUCCUCCCUCGGCCAAAUUCCUCAAGACGUCCCUUUCCCCCGACUUCGUCCUCGCCCCACCAUGAUGCGCUUCCUCCCCCUCAAACUUGGCCGCGUGUACCGCUGUCUGAAGCUCCUGUUUGUGGUGGGGCUGUUUGUCAUCCUGCUGAUGAACACGCACAAUCUGUUCGCCUCGUUCCAAAAGAACGAGCUCACCGACCGACGCUUCAUCAACCUCAACAAGUGUCCCGCCUGCUUCGGCACCAGCUGGUGCCGCAAAUUCAUGAACGGCCAGGUUUCGUUUGAGACGUGGGGCCGCCUGCGCUUCCUCGACAUCUUUAACGUCAAGAACGUUUACUUCGCCCAGUACGGGGAGCCCAGGGAAGGCACGCGGCGGAUCGUCCUGAAGCGGCUGGGCUCCAACCAGGAGCUGGCCGAGAUCGAUCAAAAGAUCUGCAAGAGGGCUACGGGCAGGCCGCGCUGCGAUCUCAUCCAGGCGAUGUACAAAACGGAAUUUGCCCGGAUCAAUGGCGACGUACGUCUUCUGACUCCAGAGGUGGUCGAGGGCUGGUCAGACCUGGUACACUGCCCGUCGCAGCGGCUGCUGGACCGUGUGGUUCGGCGGUACGCCGAGACCAAAGACUCUGGCAGCUUUCUGCUCAAGAACCUGAAGGACACGGAGAGAAUGCAGCUGCUCAUGACGUUGGCGUUCAACCCGGAACCGCUUGUUCUACAGAGCUUUCCAUCGGACGAAGGCUGGCCUUUCGCCAAGUACCUCGGGGCGUGCGGGCGGGUGGUGGCCGUCAACUACGUGGGCGAGGAGCUGUGGAGCUACUACAACGCCCCCUGGGAGAAGCGCGUGGACCUGGCGCGUCAGCUGAUGGACAUCGCCGAGCAGCUGACCAACAACGACUUCGAGUUCGCCCUCUACCUGCUCGACGUCAGUUUCGACAACUUUGCGGUCGGCCCCCGCGACGGAAAGGUCAUCGUCGUCGACGCCGAGAACGUUCUCGUGGCCGACAAGCGACUGAUCAAGCAGAACAAGCCGGAAAACUACGACGUGUGGUACGAGAGCCGCUUUGAGGAGUGCGACCGGGAGGCCUGCCUGUCAUUCUCCAAGGACUCCCUCUGCUCCCGGGUGACCGUGGACCACAACUACUACGCCGUGUGUCAGAACCUGCUGUCCCGCUACGCCACAUGGCGGGGCACCACCGGGGGCCUCCUCCACCAUCCGCCCGCUCACAUAGCCAAAGAUGGCCAGCUGGAGGCCCUGCUGGACGAGUGCACCAAGCCCAAGAAGCGUUACGGACGCUUCCAGGCGGCAAAAGAACUGCGCGAGUACCUCACGCGGCUGUCAGCCGCCUCUUCGCCCGCCAGGUAAUCGACGGAGUUUGGCGUCAGCCCGACGCUUGGAAGGACUGGAUCGCGAGCGCCCUGAACAGCUCCGAACUCUUGAGAUCCUUGAUGUCAUUAGCUACCCUUUUUGCACAGGGGGCAGGUCCCGAAUCCUGCCUUAGGAAGAAGACCCCUUUGGUUUUAUGGACCGAAUGACUUUUGAAGAGUUUGCCACGAACGGGCAUCUGCCGGGAGUGUCAGGAUAGGAAUGAGGAGCAACCUCCUCGGAUUGGUUGCGCCAUAUGAAAGGAAAGUGGGUGGGCUCUGAGCGACAUUUUGCUCGCAGGCUAACGCAACAUGUGCGACCGAGCGGCGCUGACGCCGACGCCCCCACCUCCCAACCCCUCCUCCCCCAACCACCACCACCACCACGCGAACACACGCAUCCCUCGUCUUGCUGCCUCAUUUCAUCAUUUCAUCCCCUAUGAAAGUUUGCCCGCGGGAGCUAUUCUUUUUUUUUUUUCAUGGUGAGAUUUAAAUUGAUGUACGCAUUUACAUUUUUGCCGCACCGCUGAUCUUGAUUCCGUUUUAUUUUUUGCCUCAGUAGCAUGCCGCGGGAGGGAAUGCAGAGGUAGCGUGACUCUCCGGCUGUCGGGUAGAAUUGAGGAGGCCCCCACCCCCCAAUGUGACAGUUCGGAUGACUCGGGAAUCGUCCGCUGCUCCAAUCAGUCGCGUCAUUUUCAGGGGCUUUUAUUGUGGUGGUGGCAAUCAUCUUUUUUUUUUUUCCUCCCACAAACCACCUUUUGUUCAUACAAACCAGCGAGAAGAACCGAUGACCCACGUAGGAAAAGAUGAGCAUUCACUUCUGUGACGAUUAAGCCAACGUACCAAAGAGGCCAAAGGUAAACGAGAAAACGGCGCCAGGUAACGGCGUCUUCACACGCUUAUCAUCCGAGGAACGUUUUUGUUUGACCAUUUCCGCAAAUAGUGGCCGUUACGCAGUCAGUACCAGCCAAUUGUGGACCAAGUCUGAAAAGAAGUUUCAAAACGUCUUUGGUAUUGAAUGAGUUCAUACUUCAGUCCAUAGACUCGAUUCGUCCCAUGUAAAAAGCCAGCUGCUAACCAAAACAGCAACACCUUAGGAGGUCGUCCCAAAUCUGGAGUCGGCAUCUUUAAAUUUUUUGUUUUGUUUUGCCAUCUUCAUUUGACACCGUUGGGAUGUUUCACCCUUCACUGUCAGCAAAAAAAUUUCUCAUAAAGACUUUUGAUAUUUUGGUCCACGUUGUCGCCCGAUCCGCCUCGUUUGUCAUUCCUCGCGAUUUUGCGAAUCGAAUGUGCGCUGCGCAGUGUCGCGUAGCGAGGUCACCCGUGAACGUUUCUGGGAAAAGCAAUAUAAAAGGGGAUUUAAAAAAACAAAACAUACGAAUAGUUUGGCUCCUGGCUUUUUGGAAAAUUGCCUCUUUGUUGUGUUACGAUCCGUUAACCGUCGUCACAUCCAAGUGACUUUUUCCACACUUGAGGAGUUUUACGUGUGUGACUUAACUGUCGACUUUUGUACUGUCCCAUUUCUUUUGGAGUAAUAUUCUAUCAGCCUUGUCUGAUUGUUCCUGUGCCUUUCAUUGAAAAGUUGUACUGAACAACUUUUAGUGGGUUUAAUUAAUGAAAUAAAAGAAGAUAUCUAAAUCUAUAUAGAGAACGAUA